AUGACGGUAAUUCAUGCUUUUUAAAUGUCAACAAAAGGGGCUGUGCCCUGCCAUUUAAACAUUAAUUUAAUGUUUAUGUUACACACAAAAGAUGCAGGUAAUAUAGCUAGUCACUGUCAAAAGACCUUUCUUCAAAAUUUUCCCACCCAUAGAAAUAAACAGGUCCGUAGAGGUCUCCAGAGGGAAAAGUGCUGAAUUCACACUGUUUUAGUGUUUUAAACUUUAUGUGCAUGUGUUGGCCAUUAAGGCAAAUUUCCACCAUAUUUUUAGCUUGAAAUCCCUACCUUGUUUUGCUGAUUUCGUAGCACUGAAGUAGUCCCCUUAAGUCAUUACUUACCCAACUUAAAUGCUGCUGAGCCAUUCAUGGUAUUCCAAAUUUGAUUAACCUUUAACUCCCAGAAGUGAUCACAAUGUAACUUUUCCUUAAUAAUUAAGGAAAAUUAUUAUAAUAAUUAUUAUAUUAUAAAUACCUUCUUCUGCAAACAGGUGACGAAAGUCAAUAAACUUGUCAGCCAAAGAUGCCCCCCAAUUUUUUUCAUCUAUAUGUAAAGCAAAAUGUGUAACAGCUAGAAAAGAGAAUUAGUAACCAGAUCUUGACUUAAAUGCUAAUGUAUGCUGAAGAAGUAUAAAUUGAACAACCAUUUCUGUAAAGUUAAAGCAUUGGCAGAAGAGAUUUGAAAUUUUGUUAUAAACUAAAUACAUUUGACAUAGCAAAAUGCAUUUGUAAUUUAAUCUUGCUCUUGUUUAUUUCAUAACUGUGUAUGUGCUAAUUAUUAUUAUGUUUUCAGGGAUUUGCCAGUUCAACUGAAAUUGCUCAAAUAGAGUCACAGAAGGAACCUCAAAAUCGAAGAUCAUUUCUAUUGGGUGCAAUGUCAAAGGUCAAAUCACUGCCACAGAAUGAGAGAGUGAAAAUAGCAGACACAUUGGAUGUUUCUGUUAGUGAGGUGCCUGUAACUGGCUUUGUUUCAAGUAAAGCCUUCCUGUUGGAUGUGGGAUACCAGGGAUCAGUUCUCAACACUGGAGAGGCUGUUGUUGCAGACAUCAAUGGUCAUGAGACAGUGUUAUUGAUAUGCAACUUUUUGUCUGUUAGAUGUGAAGAAACAGGAUAUGCAACAUUGGUAAUUGGGCAGAGGUACCACCCUCUUACUGCAGAGGAUGGAAGUCAAGCAAGUGAUUUCUGGAGUGGAUUUAUUAAAGUUAAAAGCCAAACCAAGUUCAGAGCAAUUUUUCUUCCACUUGACUGUAUCAAGAGAAAGGUCAUACUCUACAGUUGUGAUGAUGGUGUAAUUUCUGUUGCUGACUACCAGAGACAAGCAAGACAGCUGCCUUACACUAUCAUUGUUCCAGUUUACAUGGAGUGUGGAGAUAUGUUGUUGAUUCAGGGAGAACUGUUGUACGAUGUUUGGUUUGGCCAUGCCCAAAGUGUUGAUCAGUGUGAAAGGACAGUUGAUGUGUUUUCUUUGUUGAAAGUAGCAGGCACAAGAAUCUCUAUGUAA